CGACUCUGCUUCCCAAACUUCUUCUCCAUUUCUCUGGCGCCACCUGCAGGACAGAUGCUACCCAGCAAACCUUCAGACUUCGGUCCCAGUUAAUGUUUGAGCUGUGGGUGUACUGGUCAGACUGGGGUCAGGCUGUGCAGACGCCAUGGCUCAGCUGGUGGAGUGCGUUCCUAACUUCUCUGAGGGCCGAGACCAGAAGGUGAUCGAUGCCGUCGCCGCCGCCAUCUCUGAGACGGCCGGCUGCAGCCUGCUGGACGUCGACCCGGGGGCCUCCACCAACCGGACCGUCUACACCUUCGUGGGCCCCCCGGAGGCCGUGGUGCAGGGGGCGCUGAACGCCGCCCGCCGGGCCUUCGGCCUCAUCGACAUGAGCAAACAUUCAGGGGAACACCCUCGCACCGGAGCGCUGGACGUCUGUCCCUUCAUCCCCGUCCAGAACGUCAGCAUGGACGACUGCGUCCGCUGCGCCGACCAGUUUGGACGGCGGCUGGCGGAGACGCUGCAGGUUCCUGUGUAUCUUUACGGAGAAGCGGCUCGGUCCGAGUCCAGGAGGAAUCUCCCGUCGGUUCGAUCCGGAGAGUACGAAGCUCUACCUGAGAAGCUGAAGAGUGAAGAGUGGGCCCCUGACUUUGGCCCCGCCCACUUCGUGCCGUCGUGGGGCGCCACGGUAACCGGUGCUCGCAAGUUCCUGAUCGCGUACAACGUGAACCUGAUCGGCACCAAGGAGCAGGCUCAUCGGAUCGCCCUGGACAUCCGCGAACAGGGCCGAGGACAGGACCAGCCAGGUCUCCUGAAGAAGGUCCAGGGUCUGGGCUGGUACCUGGAGGAGGAGAACCUGGCCCAGGUGUCCACCAACAUCCUGGACUUUGAGCUGACGCCGCUCCACGCCGUGUACCAGGAGAUCUGCGGGGUCGCUGAGGAGCUGAAGCUUCCUGUGGUCGGCUCCCAGAUCGUUGGUCUGAUUCCUCUGAAGGCUCUGCUGGACGCCGCCGACUUCUACAUGAAAACAGAGCAGCUCUUCAUCAUCGAAGAGGAGCACAAAGUCCGGCUGGUGAUCAGUAAACUGGGCCUGGAUUCACUGAGUCCCUUCAACCCAAAGCAGAGGAUCAUUGAGUACAUGGUGAGGUCACAGGAAGAAGGCGGGCUCGUGUCUCUGACUCUGCAGCAGUUUGUUCGCAGCGUUGGAGCGCGAACAGCCGCUCCAGGAGGAGGGUCUGUUUCUGCCGCCGUCGGCGCGCUGGGGGCAGCGCUGGGCGCCAUGGUGGGGCAGAUGACGUACGGAAAGAGGCAGUUUGAGAACCUGGACUUUGUGAUGAGGAAGCUGAUUCCUCCGUUCCAUCAGGCCAUGAACGAGCUGCUGGGGUUGGUGGACGCCGACUCCGCCGCCUUCAACGGCUACAUGGUGGCGCUGAAAAUGCCGAAGUCCAGCAGCGAGGAGAGGAGCAGGAGAGAAGCGGCGAUGCAGGAAGGCCUGAAGCGGGCCGUCGGCGUCCCGCUGGCUUUGGCUGAGAAGGUCAGCGUCCUCUGGCCGUCUCUGAAGCAGAUGGUUCUGUUCGGGAACAUCGGCUGCAAGUCCGAUGCUCAGGUUGCAGCUAAAGCUCUGGAAACGGCUGUUUUUGGAGCGUACUACAACGUCACGAUCAACCUGAAGGACGUCUCAGACGAAGCCUUCAGACUGGCUACGCAGAGGAGAGUUUCUGAGCUUCUGGAGGAAGCCAAGGACAGCGUGGCCUCCAUCCUGGACGCAGCUGAGAACAGAACCUGAGAAGAUCUGCAGAAUAAAUUCAAAGUUCAUAAAAA